AGUAUUUAGCAUAUUUUAGUAUUUAUUUUUUUUUAGAUUCCACCUUUUAAGGAUGUAAUCAGACUAAUGAGAGCUACUUGAUUAGUAAGAGUGAACAGAAAGAAAAGCGCCGAGGCCAUGCCCUGUGACUCCUUACCCCCCUUCUUCCCCUCGCCAACUUACCUUCACUGCCAUGGGCACUAUCGCGAGACUGCCCGUUGCCACCUGAAUAACAAACAUAGAGGGCUGGCAAGCUAAAGGACGCACACCCUGAUCAAUCGAGACUCGGCUGCUUCGCCCAAGGGGACCUCUGCCGCUUGCAGGACGUCAAGUCUUCAGCUCUUUCCUUCUGCUCAGUCUUUGUUUAUUCCAUAUAUGUGACGGUGUAAACGUUCCCUUUUUAAGGUACGUUGGUGCUGAAGUAUAUUAUUAUGCAAGGCUACCACUGGGAUAUAUUCUGUUUUUUAUGUUUGAGGAUGUUCCAAUAUUAUUGUUUAAAUUUCAAUGAUGUGCAGUUAGCACUGGUAUAAUCUCAGGUGUGGAAAUCACAUCUUCGUUUUUGCCCGUGACUCAUGGUUAUGGAGUUCCCAGAGCACAGCCGGCAGUUGCUGCGCUGUCUGAGUGAGCAGCGUCACCAGGGUUUCCUGUGCGACUGCACUGUUCUUGUUGGAGAUACACGGUUUCAAGCCCAUCGGGCAGUUCUGGCCUCUUGCAGCGUCUAUUUUCACCUCUUCUACAAAGAACAGCUGGACAAGAGAGACGUUGUUUAUCUGAACAGUGACAUUGUCACGGCACCAGCUUUUAGCCUGCUACUUGAAUUUAUGUAUGAAGGGAGGUUGGAAGUCCACAAUCUCCCCACAGAAGAUGUCUUGGCUGCUGCCAGCUACCUGCACAUGUAUGACAUUGUGAAAGUUUGCAAAGGUAAACUGAAGGACAAGGAGAUGAGUGUGUUACGGGAUGUCAGUAAGGAAAUUGGCCCAAAUGGCCACUUGGAGGAGGCUUGCAAUUUAGAGUUAUAUAAGCACCAACAGAAACUGUACUGGAGUUUGCCCUGGCAGCAGCGCCAGUUAUAUUCUGAUGCAAAGAGUCUCAAGUUUGAUCCGAGUGGCACAGAUUGUGAACGGGCAGCGCAGAGCAGACAGGAGGCUAACGGUCACCCUGGCGCAUCACAGGGCCAUGUAUGUGUCAAUUAUGUGUCAGCGGAGGCCAAGUCCUAUGGCCGAACAGCUGGAAAAAUAAAAGCUGAUGUCGCUGGUUCAAUGGGAUCGGUGUCCCAGAGGUCCAAGUCCUCCAAUCAGGUUGAGUCGGCUCUGGAUUUGUCUGUGAAGUCACUGUCAAGCAGCAAUUUCCUACUUACCUCCUGUGUCUCAGGACAGCUGGCUACAGACAACCAGCAGCAGGGCACCAAGUCACUUGUUAAGGAAGAACAUGAUUUCCUGUCAGAGCAAGAGGACAGUGAUCUGAUAAUCCCUGAAAACCGUCCCUUUGGGGAUUUGCCCAGGAAGGCAGUGGUGACAGGGUUCAUGGCCCUGCUCAAAUGCAGACAUGGCUCCUUAAAUGUACUUGGGCACCAGCGCAGUGUGUUAACGGAGCCAGGCACAGGGCCAAGCAGUGAAGAGGAUGAUGAUUGGAACCCCUCAGCCAUGUCCACCUCAAGUGAGGCUCUUUCGCAGAUCUAUGUUUGCUCCAUUUGUAAAAAAGUCUUUUGGCAUGCUCAGAUGCUGCAGCUUCAUCAUGAUUCACACUUGAAGGAAGCAGAAAAAGCACAACUCAGUUUGCCUUCAAAUGGCACUGUGCCAACGUGCCAGCAAUGUGGAAAGACCUUCUCUUGCUUGUACACUCUGAAGCGGCACGAGCGCACCCACUCAGGGGAAAAGCCAUACACAUGCGGGCAGUGCGGCAAAAGCUUCCAAUACUCUCACAACCUCAGCCGCCAUGCUGUGGUGCAUACGCGGGAGAAGCCACAUGCCUGCAAGUGGUGUGAGAGGCGCUUCACUCAGUCAGGGGACCUUUACAGGCACAUCCGCAAGUUCCAUUGUGGCCUUGUGAAGACCUUAAUGUUGGACUGAGUAGGUCUUAUAUAUAUAAGGGCCAAAUAAGAAAGGUAGAAAUCUGAGCAAGAUUGUGUUUGUGUUUAGUAGGUAUAUGAUAUACUGUAUAUUUAUCCAUCACCUUUCUGAAACCACUACAGAGCCGCAAAGCAGGAACAAACGCAAAAUGAAGUGCUUGUCUAUCACAGGGUACAUUCAGUCAAGCAACUUCUGCGUAUCUUCAGAACAUGAGUAGAAAUUAGAACAGUGCCAGGCACAAAUGGCAAACAAUCAGACUCCAUAAAAACCUUCCACAGGGGCACUAGGCCAUUGCAAAGAGCAAUUUAAGGAUCCUUGUCAGGGUUUUUUAGAGGACAUUCAAACUGAAGGUGGAAAAGUUGGCACUUGCCUCCAGCCUAUAUUAGUCAUGUGUUAUCAUGUUUGCAUGUAAUUUAAUAAAAAAGCUGCCUCCUUAUCUAAUCCUUGAUUUGCUGAAAGGCUACAUUUAUCCAGACAGAAAAAAAAAUAUAUUUACAUUUUUUAAAAGGGUCAAUUACCCACAUAACAUACUGGCUUCACAAUAAUAAUGUCAUGGCCUUCGGUUGUAUCUCAUAGAAUAUUAAUUGAAGUGACACACAGAAACAUCAAUAUUUGUGAAUAGUAUUGUUACCACAUUGCUGCUGAAGAAUGGUUCAGUAUUUUUGGGGUGCCCCUAUACAUUCUAAACUGAUUGCUUAUACUGUAUUUAAGUGGAAUCUUAUUUUUUACUUAAUAAGGAAAAUUAAAUGAAAUUCAAAUUCAAGUAUAAAUCCAAGCAGAAAUGUAUUGCUAUGUUCAAAAAUAUUAUGCCAAUGAGAGGUGAAUGUGUGAGAACCACAAAAAGAAUCAAGGCAAGAAAAAUGGUGGCUGGGGAGGCAAUAGAUUGAAACUGUUUAGUAUAUAAUUAAGAUGAACAUUAUCAUAUAAAAGACAGUGGUAGGAAGACCGUAUAUGGCUGCAGCCUUUGUGCUCACACAGUGAAAAGGCUAUGUGCUUAGUGUAUGUAUGUAGUGAAAUCCAAGCAGACCUAGUAGAACAGUUUGUAAAAGUACAUUCUUUACUUUGUGUCACUGUAUACUUACAUGACCAUGGUUAGGAGCUGUAGGAAUCUAAAAGAGUGCAAGAACUUUGAAAAAUAACCAGGGUCUAUAAUCUAAUAUAGUAUCACAUGAGUCCCUUCUGGGGUUUCUUUUUGCCUUGUACAUAUUGCUGCCAGUUUGUAAACAUGUAUUAGAAUAAACAAGUUUGAAAAAUCUAUCUAUCUAUCUAUCUAUCUAUCUAUCUAUCUAUCUAUCUAUCUAUCUAUCUAUCUAUCUAUCUAUCUAUCUAUCUAUCUGU